AGAUCGAGACUGUUGUACACGACCAGCAGCAUGUCUCCUCGGGAAGAUGACUGGCUCUUCAAGCCCAUACGUAUUGGACGUAGCGAGCUGUCAUCAAGGAUCGUCAUGGGUCCCUUGGGAAGCACUCUAGCCGACGAGAACAACGUCCUCGACGACUCCGCCAGGGAAUACUACGGCAAACGAGCCUGCAUACCAGGAACACUUAUCAUCGGCGAGGCUACAUUCGUGUCUCCACAAGCAAGCGGGACGACCGAGCCCAGAGCCGGCAUCUACACAGAAGAGCAGAUCAAUUCGUGGAAGAGAAUCGUCGAUAGCGUACACGGAGCUGGGAGCUUCAUUUACCUCCAGCUUUGGGCCCUGGGACGGAGCGCAGAUCCCGAGAUCAAAGCAAGAGACGGUACAGGAGAUGUCGUUUCCAGCUCUGCUGUAGCACAAGAGGGCGGUCCUGUACCGCGGGCACUGGAGGAGGAAGAGAUUUGGACUUAUAUAAGUGACUACGCAGAGGCCGCUCGAGUGGCCGUUGAGGUCGCAGGUUUCGAUGGCGUAGAGCUGCACGGCGGCAACAACUCUUUGCUCGACCAGUUCACACAAGAUGCGGUUAAUCAGCGCACAGACGGCUGGGGUGGCAGUAUCGAAAAGCGAUCUCGCUUCGGUGUCGAGGUUACCGCAGCGGUCUGUGCGGCAAUAGGAAGUGAUCGAGUUGGAUAUAGGAUAUCGCCGUUCAGUACCUACCAGAGCAUGGGCAUGAAAGAUGCUGUCCCGCAGUUCUGCGACCUCUUGGCUGGCCUCAAGGCACUCGGGAUUGCAUAUGUUCAUCUUGUGGAGUCGAGAAUAGCUGGAAGGGUCGAUGUUGAAGCUGGCGAAUCUCUUGAUCCUUUCAUCGAGCAAUGGGCCGAUUAUGGACCAAUUGUCCUGGCCGGUGGUUUCAGUCCCGAGUCUGCGGCCACUGCCGUGAACACACAGUACAAGGACAAGGACGUGCUGAUUGCUUUUGGUCGAGCAUUCGUAACAAAUCCAGAUCUCGUACAGAAGAUCAAGGAUGGGACUCCUCUUGCAGAAUGA